AUGGCACUUGCUGGUCCUAUCAAACCGGAUAUUCGUCCCAAGCUUGACCCCGCGUUUGUCAAGUUUUACGAGGAGACAUUGGCGACGAAGCCUGCACUGCAUCAGAUUCCGCUCGAGCAAAUUCGGAGUGACCCCCGUAAAUAUGCUGCACGAUGGGCUCUGGAUGCGCUGCGGGAAGGCUACGAACGUGUCAAGGAUUGGGAUGUAGCUACAACAGACGAGGCCACCAUCAAGGCCAGGUCGUACCAUCCUGACCCUGAAAAAGCCGGCCCAGGGCCGUAUCCUGUGCACGUUAACUACCACGGGGGUGGGUAUAUGUUUGGCGAUUUGACGAAUGAUGCCGAAUGGUGUCUGCACAUAAGAGACGAUUUACCCUUGGUGAUCGUUGACGUCGCCUACCGGCUCUGUCCGGAGGUCAAUUAUGGCCAUAAUAUCGAGGAUGCAUGGUCUGCACUCUUAUGGGUGAGAGACAACGGUAAACGGCUAAACAUCAACCCUGGUUCGGUCUCUAUCGGAGGUCUGUCAGCAGGAGCCCAAUUUGCAGCCAUCCUUCAACACCGGGCUCGAGACAUCAAGUUGCCACUGAAGCUUGCCAUUCUUGCCGUUCCCCCAAUGGCACCUCAUUCUGAAUACAGAUCGGCUGAGGACUCGCCAUUUCCGUCCUUUGCUGAAUUUGCCGAGGGGCCAGUGCUGAGUUGGGAGCUGAUAAAAUACUUCAACCAAUGCACUUUCCCCGAGAAGCUACUUCAAAGCCUGCGCCAGACAUUGCCAGAAUACUACUUUAGCCCUCUGGCUGCGCCCAACUUUCGCGGAAUAUGCGACACUUUCAUCGCUACCGCCGGCUGCGACCCGCUCAGGGACGAGGGAGAGGCGUAUGGCAGAAAGCUGAUUGAGGGCGGCUCCAAGGUCACCAUCAAGAGAUACGCUGGGGUUCCCCAUACCUUUUUGCACAUGACUUCCAUCUUGCAACAGUCUGUGGACUAUGAGAAAAGCCGUCGUGAGUUUGAGAACGAGCUUGAUUCGCACCUCCCGGCCGGCCAAGACCCGCGAGCCCAACGUCGAGCUCUCACAGAACGGACCGGGAGAGUCACAAUGGCGACAAUGCAACGGUCCGACCCUUUCCUGCCCAUCUCGCCGGCCCGGGUGAAGGCCUUGGUGCUGCCGGUUGGGCCCAUUCACCAAGACCGCUUUGCUUCGUUUCUGCAACGACUCAUUGGCGAAAGCUCCGUGCAGUUACGCGAUAUCAGCGCGGACGGCCGGCCAAAUCGAAACAUGUUCAACCCUCUGGCCUUUCCUGUUGGAUUCAUCUUCUACGACCUGAUCACGCACGUACCCCAGCCAUCACACCUGGCACUGACGCCGUUUGACCAGUACCGCGAGCCGCUGGUGGUGCUAGCGCUGGCGGAUGGGGCGGCCAUCAAGAGCGUCUUGUUCGGCAGCCGGCGGCAGUCGGCGGCCGGACGAUCGAUCGAAGAGCGCAACAUCCGCACACUCUACCAGGAGCUCGAGGCGCUGCGUGACACAUAUCCGCGAGUGCUCGUGCACCGCGUGCUCAUCUUCGACUACGAAUCGUCGCCGGAGACGCCGAUCCCGAUUCCCGAGGGCAUGGCUACGGUAUCGUCGCCGGCACAGUCGAAGCGCACGACAAUGCGGAUGGUCAUGUGUGACGUGUCGUCACUGCUGCUGGCCGAGAUGAACACGCUGGCCAAGUCUUUCGAAGCCAUGUCCUACAUUGAGUCUCCCGCCCAGGCAGGUGGCGGCGGCGGCUCGGACGACGGGCAUGGCAGCAGCCACAGCAGCCACAGCAGCCACAGCAGCGCACUUCCGUCGCGCCGGAACUCGCAGUUUGCACUGCCAGCACACGUCGGUGGCGGCGUGAUGCGAUCAAGCUCACUGAAGGGCAACGACCACAGCUCAGCUGCGGACCGGUCACAGGUACGCAUGUCUAUGCCGGCACCGGCAAGGGACAGCAGCUCGACAUCGGUGACGGGACGGCCGUCGACGCCGGUGCGCAGCGGGCUCUCCGGGCCUGCAACGACGUUUGACGAGAUAGGCAAGACCAUACCGAGUCCGGAACGGAACGCGUCACCUGCGAUCAGCGACUCGGCGGAUAGCUUCCGGUUCCAGGGCACGCCGAUAGGGAGCAUGUCCGACCACCGGGUAUCAGUGCAGGGCUUCGGGUCUGGCGGGCUCAACGAGCGGUGGCGCAACAAAGGCAAGAGCCGGGUGACGAUAGUGGUGGCAUCGCUGUACCUGCAGGCGGGACGCUGGACGGAUGCACUGAAGGAGCUGAUCGACGGGGCGACGGUGUCGCGGUCGAACAACGACCACGUGUGGCACGGCAAGGCGCUGGAGCUGAUCGUGGUGUGCCUUUUCCUGCUGGGCUGGGCAGACAUUGAGUUUCAGGUGCCGACCAUCUGCCUGCCACCGCCGGAAAAGGGGGCAGCAGCAGCGGCGACUGCACACGCGCUAGAGGCAGCAGAGAGAGCACACCCGAACCAACCGCGAUGGCUGCGCAACCUGCAGCAGAUCCUACCGGACCUACUGGAACGGAUUCUAGGUCUAUACGGACGGAUCUCAGCGGAGCGGCUGCCGCCCCUGGCAAUGGCAGAGACGACGAUCCGGUUCUGCAACAUUCUGACGGCGCUUCACACAGCGGACGGCGUGUUGGGGCGGGCCUUCCUGGAUAUUGUGGUGGUGGGACGCAGCAAAGCGGAGGAAAUAGUAGCACGAACGAUGUCGCCGCGGCCGGGGGUGGUGCCGGGACGGCCACAAAUUCUGACGUCAGUGUUGCGAGCGUUUCCAGCGGCAACAGCAGCCGAUCUGAUGCUGUCGACGGUGGACCGGAUUGUGAUCCUGAGCGGGAUCGCGUCGGUGCUUGGACGGCUGAACUACCGGCGCAAGCGGGCGUUGGUGGUGCGUGAGCUGCUGUCGGUGCUGACGGACGGGCUGGUGGAAGCACGAACGCGCGGAGCAGCGGAACUAGGCAUCCACCCGGCAGCAGGGUUGGUAACACCGGGAAGUGGAGGGCAGGGCAGCGGCAGUGGAGUGGCGCUGGACCUGGCAGAAGGCGACUUGGAGACGGGGGUGGAGGCGUUCCUGGGGCUGCUGCUGCGGACAUACGGCGUGGUGGAGCUGCAGCCGGGCCGACAGACAGACAACGAGACGGCGAAGUCAGUGAUCGCAGACACGGACGAGGCAGUGUUCUCGCGGAUCGGCGGACAGGCGGCAGCGCGGCAAUUCGGGGUGCCAUCACUCAAGAUGGACAUCUUGCGGGCGUGCAUCAACUUCUCGGAGGCGCUACCAGACUUUGGCGGGGUGGCCAAGUUCUCGAGCGACCUGCUGCGGACAGCAGGCAGCGGGGUGGCACCGGGACCGCGGCGGGAGGAUGCAGCGGCGAUGAUCACGCGGGACGAACAGGUGCGGCUGGCGACGAACAUUGCCAAGGCGACGGGGCUGGCACGACGACUGGGGCUGGCGGACGUGGCAGCAGAGUACUGGGAUGAGUUCCUGGUGCGGGGAGUGCGGUUGGAACUGCCACCAGCGCUCUGCGUGCCGGUGGCGCACUCGGAAAGCGAGCUGCCAAUCCGAGGCGGCAAGGCAGCGGUGGUGACGACGGUGCGGACAUCACAGGACGUGGACCCGUUCAUCCACAACCCGUUUCUGAAAGCGGUCGACAAGGAGGUGGUGGAGCAGACACUGGUGGCGAUGGAGCCGGCAACGUUCCGGCUGACGCUGCAGAACCCGUUCGACAUGGAGGUGGUGAUCGACAGCAUCCGGCUGGAGACGACGGGGGUGGCGUUUGAGGCGUUUGAGGAAGGCGUGGUGGUGGGGCCAUACCGGACGCAGAUUGUGCGGGUGGGAGGAAUUCCACAGGCGCCGGGAUCACUAAACGUGACGGGGGCCAUUGUGCGGGUGCACGGCUGCCGCGAGCGACGGUUUCCGAUCCUGAGGCAGCCGUGGAUGAGGGAACGGGCAGACAAGAUCAAGGCGAUCGGGGUGGCGCCGUUUGAGGAGGGUGGCAGUGGCAACAUGAUGGGCAGCAGCGGAGUGCUUGCAGCCGAGAAACUGUCGCUGCAGGUGAUUCCAGCACAGCCACUGGUGGUGGUGCAGUCGACGACACUGGCGCAAUCGUCGGCGAUGAUCCUGGAAGGCGAGCGGCAGGCGUUCUCGGUGACGCUGCAGAAUCUGUCUCUGACGACGGCAGUGGACUUUCUGAUCUUCUCGUUCCAAGACUCGACACAGGCGACGAUGCAGGCGGCGCUGGAGAGCCGGGACGCGUCGCCAGCCGAGCUGUACGAAUACGAGCUGAUGCUGGCGAAGCGACCGGCGCUGCGGCUGCGAGGACGAAAGGGAGGAGUGGAUGAAAAAACAAGCCAAAACCGGUACAUCGGUCCCGGCGAGACGGCGACGUUUGACUUUGAGCUCCUGGGCAAGCCAGGGCUGACAGACGGGACGAUCCAGAUGGACUAUGCAUACCUAGGCGUGACAGCCGAGGGGGUGGCAGCAGACGUGGUGGCAGGUGGGCAGUUCCACACGCGACAAGUGUCGCUGCAUCUGACAGUGACGGUGAACGCGAGCGUCGAGGUGGUGCGGAUGGACGUGUUGCCGCUGCACGGGCAGAUACCGGGGCCACUGUGGGAGCGAUGUGGAGGGGAGAGGCGGAAGCCCGAUCCUGACAGCUUCUGUCUGCUUCUGAUGGAUCUGCGCAACGCAUGGCCGAGUGACAUGCGGGUGCGGUUGUGGACGGGUGGCAGCAGCGGUGGCGACGGGUCGGACGCGGAUGCGACGGCGAUCGAGCACAUUUUACCGGGCAACACGUGCCGGGUAUUGGUGCCCAUGCGACGGAUCUACCUGGAAGAUCCGCACGCGUCGAUCCCGGCACUCAACCCAGCGCGACAGCGGCAGUUUGUGGUCAGCACGAGCAAGAUCUCGCCAGACAUGGAGCGGGCGACCCGGGAGACGUUCUGGUACCGGGAGCGAAUGCUGGACCUGCUGCGCGGCGAGUGGACGACUGGGGGGGAAGAGGGCGACUGGGCGAGCGGACACGGAUUCGGACGGCCAGCCGUGCGGAAAGGGGCGAUUGAGCUGCGAAGCAUUCGGCUAACGAUGCGGAUGAUUGAGGCGGUCAAGGUGGAGGAGGUCGACGACUUCAUGCAACUGCGGGUACGCAUCACAAACCGCACAGCACGGCCAAUCCACCCGCUGCUGCGACUGAUGCCAUCGCUAUGCCAUCGGCCACACAACGUGGCCCUGGACUUUACGCGCAAGUUUGCCUGGAAUGGAACGCUGCAGCAGGGCCUGGCACUGCUGGGCCCGCGCGCAUCGACGAUCGUGCGCAUCGGUGCCACGGCCCUGUGUCGCGGCGAGUUCGAGGUCACCGCGUCCGUCGAGGAGACCCGGCUGUGGGUGCCGGCACGCGGCGAGGAAGAAGAGGCCGAAGCUCGACGAGCAGAUCGUGCAGAUCAGGCGGCUGGCCGGCCACGCUCCAACACCGAGACCCUGUUGAUGGACUCGAUGCUGGGAGCCAAGGAACGGCGGAUCUGGCACUCGCGGGCGCCGUGUCAUUUUGUGGUGACAGACUAG